GUUACUAUGAUAAACAUAACAGUGUAUCUGCUUUUCACGCCCAGCCGAUUUACGCCGGACACAUUGCAGGCGUACAAGUCCCUGGAGGCGUACAACUACUUCGAGUCAGGCCAUGUACGUGACGUCCGGCUGUGGCAGCCUGACAGGCACGAGUUGUGUUUUGUGCGGGCGAAUGUCAAGCCAUCGCAGAGGGCAACUGGCCCACCCCAUGACGCAUGGGUAUGCCUGGACCAUAAGACAGGUCAAGUUUACUGUGGCCACUGCACAUGUAAAGCGGGUCUGGGUGAGGUCUGCAGUCAUGUAGCUGCACUUUUGUUCUGUGUGGAAUACACGGCCAGAGUGUCCCAGGAAGACUCGUGUACCUCUCAGCCGUGUGCAUGGACCAGGACGGUCGCAAGAAAGGAGGACAUGGUCCCUGUCCACCAGCUGGACCUCAGCAAGCCCGGAAUGCCGAGCCGAACCCCUCCCGAAGAACCAAACCAUGUGUCCGGGGAUUUCCAGCUCGCCGACAAAGCCUUCUUCGAAGAGAUUCACCGACUGAACCCUCAAGCAGUCGUCCUGAGGUCCAUCCGAAAGAUGGACGACGAGGACACCGACUCCGCCUCAGAGGACGAACAGUCCUACACAUUUUUGAGGAAAGUCAGGAGAACAAGAUCAACGAGGAUGUCGCUCCCACAAGACAUGUUUGUUCCCAUGAGAGAAAUUGAGAGGAUAGAAAAGAGCACGAGACGGCAGGCGACAACACUUAUGUGGCGGGAGGUUCGCUACGGCAGAAUAACUGCUUCCAUCAUCAACAAGGUGCGCACAAUGCGAGACACUACAUCCCCAAAGGCCAUCCUCGACCUCGUUCUACUAAGAACCCCGCCACUGACCACCGAGGCCAUCUGCUGGGGUGUCGAGAAGGAGCCCGAAGCCAAGGAGACAUAUCAGAAGUUCAUGGAGACUUGCCACAGCGACUUCAGGCUUUGCAGUGUUGGGUUCGUGAUCGAUAAGAAGGUUGUACCUGCUGCCAUUAUUCUUCUCUUCGUGUUUGAGUGUGCAAGGACAGACAAAGCUUGCACAACUUUCUUAAUUUAUAUCUUAAUCAGCUGGUACCAAUAA